CCUUCCGCAUAACAUGAUGGCUGCAACCACCACCACCACCACCACAUUGUUCAAUCCACAGUUUCUUCACACGCAUAGUAGGAUUAACAUAUGGGCACUUAGAAGAAUUAGUUAUUUCAGAGGAAAUUUGAAGUCUGCAUUCCCUAUCCACAGAUCAGAAUUUCAUCAUCAGGCUCAGUACUUUUCACACAUAGCACCAUUAUGUGCAACCUUUAGGGAGCCAAAGGGGUUUGGACCAACUCCAAAGAAAAAGAAGAGCAAGAAGACGAAAAAGGAAUAUGUAGAAAAUGAAGAUGGCAAUGAAGAAGAGGAUGAAGAAGAAGAAGAAGAAGAAGCAGAUAGGGGAGUUAUUCCUGAAGUUGUGACCAAUAGGAUGAUGAGCAGAAUGGCAUUCUCUGUAGGGCUUCCACUAGGCAUUGGGCUUUUGUUUUUCCCAUUCUUUUACUAUCUCAAGGUUGGGUUGAAAAUUGAUGUACCCACUUGGGUGCCAUUCAUUGUGUCCUUCUUUUUCUUUGGGUGUGCUUUGUUGGGAGUGAGCUAUGGGAUUGUGUCCUCCAGUUGGGACCCAUUGAGGGAAGGUUCCUUCUGGGGCUGGAAUGAGGCCCAAAAGAAUUGGCCUGUUUUUUGGCAGUCCUUUAGAGGUGGAUCUAGGAAGAAUUAGCCCAUUCUUUUUCCAUUGAAUGUUUUUCUUUUCUUUGGUCCUCUUGUUUCACUGUAUAUUGUAUCUUGCCACCAUUUAGAGCUUGUUUGGUAUGGAUUAUAUAGAUAUCUCUAUAA